ACAGCUGCCUCUGAUUGAGAAAUAUAUCAGGCCAAACACAGAAAUAGAAAAUCUAGAAAAACUAACAUAGACUGCCCACCCCAACUCACGCCCUGACCAUACUAAAACAAAGAAUAAAAUAACAGAAAAAAACAUUUAAUGACGGCAUGCAUUUUUUGUAGGCAUUUCAUAUCAGCUGUGUCCUGGACAUUGUUGAUUGUAAAGUCAAAAAACAUUUGAAAAGAACAUAUUGAAAUGCCCCUUGCCUCAAGUAUCUUGUUUAGUCCUUUUACCACUUCAAACCAAUUUGUCAAGUUUUAAAUGUUCAUUCAACGUUCAAAGCAUCCUGAAUACACCGGACUUGUGAUUGUAUUUUCAUUCCAUUCUGGUCAACAUCGUAUACUGUAUGUUCGCUUUGCUAUUUUCUAAUACUGAACAUAGCAUACCCCUUCUUAACAUUUAACAAAAAGACCCCUGGUUAUGAUAGUGAUAAUAAUGUGUCUGUGUCUCUCCCCAGCUCCGUGGCUUGAAACUUCCCACUGGCUUGACUCCACCCUUCCACCAGUGACCCUUCCCCUUAGCAACCACACGGUGAAGACAUUGACUAGUAACCAGUCCUGUAGCGGUGAGGAUGAGGUCUUUAAAUACAGAGCCUACACCGUCACCUAUCUACUUGUGUUCCCUAUAGCAUUGCUUUUCAACAGCGGAGCACUGUUCGUGUUCCUGCGACUGAAGUCCAAACGCUCUCCCUCUUCCAUUCUCAUGACCAACCUUGCCCUAUCAGACGCAUGCUUCUCCCUUACCCUGCCGUUUCGAUUGGCCUACUACUUCAGGGGCGCUCACUGGGACCUCCCUGAUUGGCUGUGCCGACUCUGUGUGUUCUGCUUCUACCUCAACCUCUACACCAGCAUUCUCUUCCUGACUGGACUGAGUGUGCUCCGUUGGCUGGCCGUGCUGAAGCCUCUUCAUCAUCGAGCCUUGGCCACGCCCCACCGAGCUUCAUUGGCCUGUUUGGGCAUCUGGUUGUUUGUGGGUGGAACUUCGGUACCCUUCCUAUUUUCGGGGACCAGGGUGAGGGCGGGACUAACACGCUGCUUCGAGCCCCGUAACUCCGCCACCUGGAAGAGGAUCUUCAUUCUCAACUACGUGGGCGUGACAUUCGGCUUCCUGAUCCCAUUCGUCACCAUCCUUGGUUGCUACGGCAGCAUCAUCCGCCGACUGACAGCUACAGCCAUAAGCCAGAAGCUACAGACAGGAAGUCUGAAGAGUAGCCAUGGGAGACGUCAUCGCCAGUCUCUGUGUCUAGUCGCCAUGGUGAUCUGCACAUUUCUACUGUGCUUCCUGCCCUAUCACGUGGCUCGCUCGAUGCACCUGCACGCGGUGGUGGGCGGGUGGGGCUGCGUUGUUACUGCAACACAGCAGCGGGUGUUGGUGGUGACGCUAUGUCUGGCGGCGGCCAACAGCGUGCUGAACCCUCUGUUGUAUUACUGUGCCGGGGAGUCCUUCAGAACGACCAUACGCAAUGCCUCGUCACGACGACGGUCCCUCUCCUCCCUCACUCAGGGCAGCUUGCUGUACUCUCACAGGAAGAGGAGUAUUCCAACAAAACCCACAAUGCUAGACACACCGCUCGCUCAACCCCUAUCCCUUCCUGAGUCCAUGCCAGACACACUCAGCCCUGUGAACAACAGUCCAUAAAGGAUUCAAAACCUCUCCAGAAUCAGAGACACUUUUCUGCAUGUGUAAAAUGGAGCCCUGAGGCCUGAACCAGAAACACACACACACACACGGAGGACUGAACCCUAACAUCCUCUGGGAACAUAAGACACUAAACGUUACUACUGUACAAGCUCCACUCUGUUGAUCUACGUGCGUGCAUGCAGGUGGGUGGAGUUGGAUUCUUGGAGUGACAGAAACAUUUUGGUAACAAGAUAUCCCAAUUCCAUUCACAAGGGGACGAUAGAAAUGUUUUUUUAUUUGUGUAUUUUAAUUUGGUAAACAACAAGGAAGAGUCACUUUCCCUUGCUAAUAGUAGCCAGCCAUUACCUAGCUGGCAGCCUGGCUAGCUGGCUUUAGUCUGGCUAAAAACAUAGCAAGCUAGCCUUUUUAGCUUUCUCAUCUUCAUGUGAUAUAAAUCAGAAAAAGUCACAUGGCUAGCUAGUUGGCUACUGUCAUGACUGUCCUGUGAGGAUCACAAAGGGUCAGAUCAGCUUGGCAAUGGUUGACAAUAACCAGACCUUAUCUCACCCACAGAAGAGGUGAGGAGGGAACUGGGCCGGUUUGACAGUUCACACCCUGUUGUAAAUUACAUGAGGGGGGCUCGUUCUCCCUCUCCAGUAAAAUCCACGAGAGGAAUGUCUUUGUUAACAGGCUUUUCCUGACGAAACUCUAACAGGGUCAUAAGUGGACGCUUGAAAAAUAAUUCUAACAUAAGAAUGUGGGGAAUGGUCAGUGGGGAGCUAAUGAAAACUAAUGUCAUAAUGGUUUUGAUUUUGUGAUGUCGUUAAAAAUCAUAUGGACGAAAUACUGUAACUUGGAAAGUAUAUCCCCUUUAUCUGUUAAGUUUCCAUCCAAUACCUUGUGCAUAUAAUAUGAAAAGAUGAAAGUAUUUUUGUUAAGAUAGGGACAUGAUUUUAACAGCCAUAAUAGAAAAUAGUUUUACAUAACUUUGUGCAUAGUAAGUAGCCACGCCCCAAGUGAGGUCAGAGAGCAUGUCAGACUGACAGAACUGUCCCCUUUGGCCAGAGGGCAUAAAAGCACUGCUAACAGAGAUUAACAUUAGACCAGGAAAGACAGGGAGUUGCAGCCCACAUCUAAAGUGGUUUAAACGCUGAAUCUCAGAGACCAGGAAAUGUGAGGCGGGAGCUACAUGUUUGAAAUGGUUGCAACAUUGAACCUGAAUUCCUUUAGACCAGAGAGAAGGCGAGCUGCAGGUCAUUUCCAUUGUGGUGCGAAUCCUGAAUAACAACAUGAGGGGGAAAACAAACUCCCCUCUCAGACAAUAACUGAGACAGCUGAUUAGCUAUCUUGAGUCAAAUAUCUAGAAAAGCAAAGUGAGACUAUCCUACUACACUCAUCACCAAUGGGAACUGUCGACAUGUCUGGCUAGCUAUCUUCCAGAGUGAACAACAGUAGAAGAGGGGGAAAGGGAAGAUCCCUUUCGGACAAUCAGAGCCAUACAGCUUGCCAAUGAAAAGCCAACAAUCUUCUCAAGGAGGGAUGGUUCCGACCGAUAAAAGGCUCUCACAUGUAAAUACAUUCAUGAUUUCUUGUUCAAAAUGGGCAGCGGUUCGUGUGCAAACUAUAUAAUUACUGUGAGAAUAGUUCUGAAAUGUAUUGACAAUAUGUUACAUUUACAUUUACAUUUAAGUCAUUUAGCAGACGCUCUUAUCCAGAGCGACUUACAAAUUGGUGCAUUCACCUUAUGACAUCCAGUGGAACAGCCACUUUACAAUAGUGCAUCUAAAUCUUUUAA